AUGAUUUAUACAUCGUGUUGUAGCAACGAGAGCGAGUUCAUUGAUCAAAUAGUCCAAGCGGUUUUGAGAGAGCUAAGCAAAAUAUCAUCAGAAGAAAGCACAAAGAGAUCCUUGGAUCCUUCACAAAACACUGAAGUUCCCUUUGAAGAAGCAGCGACAAAAAAAUUCGGGCUCGAACAACGCCUUCAAGAAUUGAAAGACAAGGUUGGCUUUAAGGUAGAUGAGACUCGUAUUAUCGGAGUUGUUGGGAUCCACGGUAUUGGCAAAACCACACUCGUGAAAGGAUUCUACGAGAAGCAUGAAGUCAAGUUCACUAGGUGUGCCUUACUCCAAGAUAUAAGCGAUAUUGUAAGGUUCAAUGGCAUAGAUGCAUUGCCCUGGAAGCUCAGGAAGAAGCUGCGAGAAAAUCAUAAUUGUGACAAAGACGAAGACAGAUACGAACUUGACAAAAAGGAACCACUUCCACAAAAAGUUUUUAUUGUUCUUGAUGGGGUCAAUAGCAAGAAACAGAUAGAAGUUCUUCUCGAGGGUCACCGUGACUGGACUAUGAAAGGAAGCAAGAUUGUAAUUUCAACAAGCGACAAAUCAUUGCUACAGGAUCAUGUCCAGGAUGCCGAUAUAUACGUUGUCCCGCAGUUGAACCACAGAGACGGGUUAAAGCACUUUCAUCAUUAUACCUCUGAUCAUUCCGGCCACGAGAAUGAUGACAAGGAAACAUUCGAGAGGCUCUCGGAAGAGUUUGUGCACUAUGUGAGAGGCCACCCACUAACUCUCGAGCUAUUGGGUGAAGAGCUUCGUGGGAAAGACGUGGACUACUGGAAUGAGAAACUGAAAUCACUUGCGAAAAGUCCCAGCCCAAGUAUUCGUGAUCGUGUCUUGCAAGUAAGUUAUGAUGAACUGAGUAAAGAGCAGAAGGAUGCAUUUCUCGACAUAGCUUGUUUCAGAUCCCAUGAUAUGGUUUAUGUAAAGAGCUUACUGGAGUUAUCUGGUUCCGAAGAGACGAAUAUAAUCAAAGCUCUCACGGAUAAGUUCUUGAUCAAUACCUCUGACGGCAGCCGAGUAGAGAUGCAUGAUCUUCUUUAUACUUUCGCUACAGAGAUUGACUCGAAAGCUAACGGAAUAGGGCGACAUCAACGGGACACAACUAAUGUGCUGCGGAAACUAGUGAGAGUUCCAGUUAUUGAUUCAAACUUCAAAUUUCUUCUUUUCUUUGCUGACUUCGUGUUUGUUUGUUGGUUACAGGGACGCAAUGGCAAUGUCGAAGUCAAAGGUCUUUUUCUUGACUUGUCUAACAUAGAAAAGGCAAUGACCAUAGGCAAGGAGCACUUCAAGAAGCUGUGUGGUCUUCGAUACCUCAAGUUCUACAGUUCUCACUGUCCUCGAGAAUGUAACCCUAAACGGAAGAUACACAUCCCAGAUAAACUCGAUUUCCCAUUGGAAGAGGUUCGAUGUUUUCAUUGGCUAAAAUAUCCACUAGAGGAACUUCCACAAAAUUUCAACCCUAAAAAUCUAGUCGACCUUAAGCUGCCUUACAGCAAAAUUGAACAGAUUUGGAAUGAGAAGAAGGAUGCACCAAAACUGAAGUGGGUUGAUCUCAAUCACUCAAGUAAGUUGAAGACCUUGUCAGCGCUACCAAAAGCUCAAAAUCUACAAAGACUGAACCUUGAAGGCUGCACGGCUCUGGAAACAUUGGAUCCGGAUAUGCCAAACUUGAAAAAUCUUGUGUUCCUUAAUCUGAAAGGGUGCACGGCCCUUGAGUCUUUUCCUGAUAUCGAAUUGGUACCAUUAAAGACACUCAUCCUCAGCAACUGCUCAAAGCUUAAGAGCUUUCUUGUGAAUUCGGAGACUUUAGAAGCUCUAUACUUGGAUGGCACCGCAAUAACUGAACUCCCAACAACCAUGGUAAAGCUUGUCAUACUAAACCUGCAAGACUGCAAGAUGCUUGCAAAGCUUCCCGAGGGAUUUGACAAGCUGAAAGACCUACAAGAACUAGUAUGCUCUGGUUGUUCAAUCCUCAGUGAUCUCCCAGAUGCCAUGGAGAACAUGAAGUGCUUGCAGAUUUUACUGCUUGAUGGGACAGCAAUUACAAAGAUUCCUCAGAUAUCCUCACUUGAGCGUUUAUGCUUAAGCAGAAACGAUAACAUCGACCUUUUGGAUGACAUGAGUCAACUUUCUCAGCUGAAAUGGUUGGACUUGAAGUACUGUAAGAAACUUUUAUCUAUCCCCGAUCUUCCACCAAACCUUCAGUGCUUAGAUGCACAUGGGUGCAGCAAUUUGAAAACAGUUGCGAAUCCACUGGCUAAUCAUUUACCAAAAGAGCAGAUUCCUUCCUCAUUCAUUUUCAGCAACUGUGAUAAAUUGGACCGAACUGCAAAAGAGGAAAUCACAACCUAUGCUCAAAGGAAAUGCCAAUCGCUAUCGGAUGCAAUAAAACACUGCAAUGAGGUAUCUUUCUCAUUAUCUCCUCAUUUAUUUCUCGCUUUCAAGGAGCUUUAUGACUACAAGGCUUUUGUAUUACUUUUGCAGGGUUUUGGUCCAGAAGCUUUGUUUAGCACUUGCUUUCCUGGGUGUGAAGUACCUCCAUGGUUUUGCCACGAAGCACUUGGAUCCAUUUUAGACCUCAAACUUCCCCCACACUGGAACGAAAAAAGGUUUGUCGGGAUAGCUUUAUGCGCGGUUGUCUCCUUUCCAAACGGCCAAGAACAAAUCAACUCCUUUUCGGUAACAUGCAAGAUUUCCUUAGUUGGGUUGGGGAUCUCCUUCGAUCGCCUCGUUGGACGUUGUGACAAACAUGGCAACGGCAACAAACCAGACAAGAUGGCAUCAGACCAUGUCUUUAUGUGCUAUACCAGAUGCCCAAACAGCAUAAAAUGUCUGGAAGACAUGCACCACUCAGGUACAUGUACUCCAACUACAGCUUCUCUUAAAUUUGCUGCCACAUAUGAGAAAGCCGAGGUCAAGGUGCUCAAGUGCGGCUUGCGAUUGGUGUAUGCAUCUGAUGAUACCCAGAAGAUAAACUCAGAUGUAACUACAAAGAGGAACAACAAUGCCGCAUAGUCUUACAAAUCUUCACCAAGAGGUGAAGAAUUCGAGCUUCAAGGUUCAACCCAAAUAAGGAAUGUCAAUUUCAGCAGUGACAGUUUAUCUUCCAGUGAAUCAAAGAAAAUAUUUUUAUUUGUUUUUUUGUGUUUUUUGAUUUUUUUUUUUUUUUUUUUUUUCAAUCAAAUGAAAUCUUACUCAGUACUGGGAGAUGACAUUCAAAAUUAAUCAAGUGUGGUUGUGCAUCUUUCGACACAACUAGUCGUGUUUCCACUCUUUUGUGUCUUCAAAUAUCUCUGCUUCAUCCCCG